AUGGAUGAUGCUCAAUGCAAGUAUGCAACCACUGAGAAGGAGCUUCUUGCUGUGGUUUUUGCCUUUGAGAAGUUUCGGAGUUACUUGGUUGGAUCAAAAGUAAUUGUCCACACAGAUCAUGCUGCUCUCAGGCACAUCUUUGGAAGGUUUGAUGAGAAGGUCAGGCUAGAAGAAGUCAAAGCUCUGCGAGAUGAAAACCUGCCUUGGUAUGCUGAUAUAGUGAACUUCAUGGUGGCUGGAGAGGUUCCAAAUGAUUUUGAUGCUUACAAGAGGAAGAAGUUAUUUAAAGAUGUUAGGCACUACUAUUGGGAUAAGCCUUACUUGUACAAGAGAGGGCCAGACAGCAUCUACAGAAGGUGCAUAGCUGGAGAAGACAUGCAAGGAGUUUUGGAACAGUGCCAUGGAUCCGCUUAUGGAGGUCACUUUGCCACAUUCAAACAGCGACUAAGGUCUUGCAAGCUGGAAUAUGGUGGCCUACUUUGUUCAAGGAUGUAG